GCGUAGUGCGUAUUAUCAUUAUCGCGACUGCAACGGCUACACAAACGCUUGUUCUCUGCUCUUGUUAUUCUUCCAUACAAAUAGACAACCAAAAACCGAGGAUUAGGGCUUUUAUAAGCCUUGGAGUUCUCCUCAAGGUCUUAUUCAAUAGCUGGGAUGCAUAAUUUCCCUCUAAAUUUUAGCUUGUUUAAUGGCAGGUAUUGGAAAUUUCACAGUAAAAAGGAAGAUAUAUUUAUUAGACAUAGAAGUGCAUUAAGCAACCGGCGAAGAUUAUUUACGUGGUCGUAAGAAUCUGCAAGCGAGGCCUAUUUAUUUAAAUUGUUUUGUUGUUGUUGUUUUUACACUUGAAGGCAUUAGAGAGCCAUCUGUUCUCGAACUUGAGAAUUUUUUAAAAGGGGCUUCUGUGGGAUAGCUUAGUGAUAUUCGGUAAUAACAGUAUUGGGUAGUUGUUUAUUAUUGAUAAUAUUCUGUUUGUGCCGUUUGUUCUCCAAACUAACGUGCUAAGCAUCGUUUUGGUUUAGUGUAACGGCAGAGUAACUGGCCGAUGGUUGUUUAUCAAAAGAGUGACAUCUAGUGUUAAUAGUCAUUGCAGUUCUUUCAAUAUAUAUAAUAUACUUGAAUAAACCAUGAAGCUCCUGGAAAACUCAAGUUUUGAGGCCAUAAACAGUCUGCUCACAAUUGAAACGGGAGACUGUAAAAUAAUUGGACGUAUUGAGAGCUACUCCUGUAAGAUGGCCGGUGAUGACAAGCAAAUGUUUAAGCAGUUUUGUCAGGAAGGGCAGCCACACGUGCUCGAGGCUCUGUCUCCUCCGCAGAGCUCAGGAAUCAGCCCCAACAAACUGAGUCAGAGUUUGGAUGAUGGGGAGGGUCCACUGUCUGAUAAGUGCAGCAGAAAGACGCUCUUUUACCUGAUUGCCACUCUCAAUGAAUCCUUCCGGCCGGACUACGACUUCAGUCGCACCAAAGGCCACGAUUUCAGCAAGGAGCCCAGUGUUAAUUGGGUGUUUAAUGCAGUGAACAGCAGUUUGUCUGCUGCUGCUGGUGAGGCCUACAGUCACCUACAGCCUCAGUUAUGGGAGGCCCUGGACAACGAGAUCAGUCUUGCUGAAUGUGAUAUAUACAGCUACAAUCCAGACCUGGAUUCAGACCCUUAUGGGGAAGAAGGCAACAUGUGGUCCUUCAACUACUUCUUUUAUAACAAAAGACUGAAGAGGAUUGUGUUCUUUACAUGCCGUUCUGUCAGUCUUUUCAUGGCUCCACGAGACUCUGGCUUCGGCACUGAACUGGAUCUGGAGUUAGAUGAAGGCAGCUAUGAGGAAGAGGAAGAGGGCAACAUGGAUGAAGAGAGGUAUGGUGCACUGUGUGCCUGAUGAAACCCUCGUCCCUGUCAUCUGAAGCCAGCAUCUCUUGCCUGAGUUUUAAUGUCUGUUAUCCUUUUCUGUUUCUUACGUUCAUUUUAUAUACACUGUUGGUCAUUUCUUAGAAAGUACUAAGAAAAGUGCCAUUCAUUGCAUUUUAACAUUUUCCUUUACUUUUCUGUGUACAUUCUGUCCUCUGUGUUGUGAAAUUUUUAUUUUUUCAUUUCCAAAGAGGUAAUUUAUCAUUGUAUCCAAGUGCAAGUUACCCAAACUUCUUUAUUUAUUCUUGUUCAUUAUUUCCACUUAUUUUCAUGGCUCCAUGAACUUCACAGCAGUAUUUCCACUAGGUGGCAUCCUUUAACAUCUUGGUCACCUGUCCUCUGGUCAUUUCUGACUGUUUAUUUUACUGCUUGACCAUUUUGAGAUGUCAUAGUUAACAUUUAAAUUUUAGUUUCCAUAUUUGUUAGGCUUACACGUGCUCAUAACUCAUAAUUUUGUUAUUAUAUCAGCAUCCCAUUUUCCCAUUUUUUUUUUUUUUUUUCUCUAAUAAUGAUAAUUUUGUUUUGUAGGGCUUAAUACAUUUUCCUGCAACUCUCUUGCCUCAGGAAAAAUGAUAUUUAAACCGAUAUCAGCGUAAAUAUCACCUGGUAGAUUUAUUGGUGUCUUGACCUACAAGUCAACUUCCCUUUUUAGUUUUUUAGCCCCCAAUGCUUAAAAAAAAAAAAAGGAAAAGGAAAACCACGAUGGGUCUGUAUAGUUUAUUUUUACUUUUAAGCUUUUAUUUGUGAUUACUGUUUCUUAUUUGGAUUUGUAACAUUUGUGAGGUGUAUAACGUUGUACUUCGUAAUGUAAUUCCGAGCACUCAUGUUGCACCAGUAUAAGAAAAGGAUAUGAGCAGAGAAAUGUGAGAUCACUUUUGGUGUUAAUUUACUAGAUUAUUUCUACAAAUAUUUUUUGAGUAAUAGUCCUACAAAAAAAAAAAAAACAAGGAUGAGCACCAUACGAUGCAGAUUUAUGCAUGAAUGAUAACAUUAACAUUUCAUUAUCAGCAGCUUAACAUAUUUUUAUGAAUAUCCUUUUAAAGAGCAUAUUUGUUAUUUUCAAAAUGUCCCAAAUAAAUAUCUACUGAC